AUGACUCCCGAUAACCAAACUCGCCUUUUGGAAGGCAUUGGUAGCACGAUUGAUCUCUCGGUUGCCGAAGCUAUGGCCGCCCAGGAGGCUUUGGAAGAACAAGUCGCCCAAAUGUCUUCGCACGGGCGAAACUUUGAAGAUUCUCUUCGCGUCGCUCGCGAGAAAAUCGCGACCUUAGAUGGCCAAGCCUCCACCAUGUCGUCCCAUGGUUGCACCCUCCAAGAUUCUCUGCGAAUCGCUCACGAUGAGAUCACGCGCCUCACGCACGCUUCGGAAUCAGAAACGCCAUCGACUUCUCGCCUGCAGUCGAUCAAGCUGGAUGUUGCCAAAUUCGGCGAAGCGGAGUCGGACAAACUCCUCCGCUGGCUUUUACAAGUCAGCACUGCUGCUGAUGCUCAGCGUAUCUCCGACGACGCCACCCACGUAGCUUUCGCGAUGUCGCAUUUGAAGGGUUGUGCGGAAGAUUGGGCGUUCUCCAAACGCUUGACGGACCGCCACUGCUUCCAAUCUUUCGUGGUCUUUGAGACCGAACUCAAGGCAAUGUUCCUGCCACCCAACAGCGACUUUCAGUUCAUCCAUGAUCUUCGCUUCUUGGCUGCGAACAUUAACGAUGAAGAGUCACUCCCGGAGCCCCUGCGGCUGUUUCGUGCCUACCCGGACACCUUUGAAGAAGCCGUCCGAAUCGCGCUUUCGGAAUCGUUUUUCUCCUCCUUCGCGCACGCACACGCGGCGUCCUCCGACAUGGAUGUCUCCAUGCUCGCCCAGGCAUCGGACGACCGCACGUGUUUCAAUUGCGGUCGCCCGGGACACUUCUCCCGCGCAUGCCAGGCCCCUCGCCGUGUGGCGUCAGCCGCCCCGCCCUUACACGUUUCCUCCCGUACUGCGCCCGAUACCCCUUCGCGACGCCCUCCGAGCGGUCCACCACCGAACCGCAUCAAUCCUGAACGCCAUGGUGGCUCACGUCCACCAUUCCACCCCGCUCCGAGCUCGAGUGCGGCGGGAAACGGCGCGAGGUGA